CCGAAUCCAAUCUAUACAAUGCUCCCUCCCCCCCGGUUCCGACACUGAAACUGCAAAAUUCAUUCUCUUCCAUUUCAAACGCGCGUUCUCUUCUCCCAUGCCAUAGCGUUUAACUUCAAUGCCAUUAUUCUCUCCACUCUAUUCAAAUGGCAUGCUACUAUAAGCACCACUCCUUCUUUCUUCACUCCCAUUUCUUGUUUAGAACAAUUCCAUUUCCUCUCCGUCGCAUUCACACCACCGCCACCGCCACCGCCGGAAGCUACUCUCGCAGUUUUCAAUCACCAAACCUUCUUCGUUCUUCACGCGCACCACUCUCCAAGGGUUUUUGUUGUGUAUCUUUGGAUUCACAUAAAGAUGGAGUUGUUUCUGCAACUUCUCCAAGCACCGGAACGGUGCCUCCAGAAAUUAGUUACGGAGCUGCUCAACCUGUGCACAUUGGUUCUGUUACCAAUGCGGAUGCUGCGGCGAAUGGCAGAGUUAUGCUUAUUGAUGGAACGUCCGUGAUUCAUAGAGCAUACUACAAGCUUUUAGCAAAAUUGCACCAUGGUCAUCUAGCACAUGCCGAUGGAAAUGGAGAUUGGGUUUUGACAAUUUUUUCAGCACUAUCAUUUAUUAUUGAUGUUCUGGAAUUCAUUCCUUCCCAUGUGGUGGUAGUGUUUGACCAUGAUGGAAUUCCAUUUCGUCAGACUCUUAAUUCAUCAAAACAAAGUUUUACUGCUAAAGGCCAGAACUUUAGGCACAAUCUAUACCCUGCCUACAAGAGCAAUCGUCCUCCUACUCCUGAUACCAUUGUUCAGGGACUUCAAUACCUCAAAGCAUCCAUCAAGGCCAUGGCCAUAAAAGUCAUUGAGGUUCCAGGUGUAGAAGCAGAUGAUGUGAUUGGAACAUUAGCCUUAAGGAGUGUUGAUGCUGGGUACAAGGUACGAGUUGUCUCCCCAGACAAAGACUUUUUUCAGAUUCUAUCUCCGUCGUUACGUCUCCUAAGACUUGCUCCACGUGGUGAUCAGAUGGUUUCGUUUGGAGCUGAGGACUUUGCAGAGCGAUUUGGAGGUCUGAAACCAUCCCAGUUUGUGGAUAUGAUUGCACUUUCUGGUGACAGAUCCGAUAAUAUUCCAGGAGUUAAUGGAAUUGGAGAUGUUUAUGCUGUGCAAUUGAUCAGUAAAUUUGGCACAUUGGAGAGGUUGUUGGAAUCUGUUGACCAAAUCAAAGAGGAUCGUAUUAGAAAGGCUUUAACUGAAAAUGCUGAGCAGGCUAUAUUAAGCAAGGAACUGGCGUUGUUACGCUGUGAUCUCCCAUCCUACAUGGUACCAUUCACUGUAAAAGAUCUCUUGUUUACUAAACCCGAGGACAAUGGCAGCAAAUUCAACAGCCUUUUAACAGCUAUCAGUGCUUACGCAGAAGGGUUUUCAGCUGAUCCUAUCAUCAGGAGAGUGCAUCACUUGUGGGAAAAGUUGGAUUCAAGGUGAAGUCCAUUGAGAUAUCCGGUUUUCUUUGUAUAGAGCAGAGAUGCUUCAAAUGGAGCAUGUCAAUACUGGAACCACAAUACAGCAUGAGGGGAUUUAAGUGUAUAUAGCACGUCGAGCAUGUGUUUUUAUUGGGCAGAUAUCAAUGCAUUCCAGUGAGUGUUCUGCGAUGAAAACAUUUUUUUUGGUUAUGGAUGCCAAAUUCAUGGUUCUUUGUAGAAUUUAUUUAGGUGGAAGCUUUAGACCGCAUGAUGCAAAUGGUAAUAGGAAAAUGACAAGUUGGAAGUGACAAUAGCUCUACUGGGAUCAGACAAGUGAGUCCUAACUUCUACCCAAUGCCCAUCUUCUGGGACCAUUCAGAACGUAUACAUAACUUCAAGAGGAUGGUGUUUUGUACGUAUUUGUAAUGUAAUAUGUGCUAAAUUGAUCUUACAGUGCAUUGAUGUUUUUGCUCCCUGUUUCUAUUAGCGUUAAGUGGCCUCACUCGUUCAUUAACAAACAAAUAUUGAUGUUUUUCAAAUUAAAAAAACAAAUUGUCCAUAGAUUUCGAAAUACAAUUGGAUUAAGGA